UGCGCAUGCGCGACUCAGAGCAACUGUUUGAGACGGAAGACAGCAGAGUGUCUCUCCACAUACUGCGAUCCACAAGAACAACUCAAGAAAAAGGCCGGUGAGAUCAGAAGGAUGUCGGGGUUUCUGGAUGGGAUCAGAUGUGGUGAUUGUGAGUGUAAUGUGGACUGGGGUGAGAAGAGAAACACCAUCGCCUCCAUCGCAGCUGGAGUUCUGUUUUUCACAGGCUGGUGGAUCAUCAUCGAUGCAGCGAUUAUGUACCCUAAAGAGGAACAGUUCCAUCACGCAUACCAUACCUGCGGAGUUAUAGCAACUAUAGCCUUCCUCAUGAUCAAUGCAGUGUCGAAUGGGCAGGUGAGGGGAGACAGCUACAGCGAGGGUUGCUUAGGCCAGACAGGUGCCAGAGUUUGGCUCUUUAUUGGGUUCAUGUUGGCGUUCGGGUCUCUAAUCGCCUCUAUGUGGAUUUUGUUUGGAGGGUUUGUUGUAUCUGACAAAAAGGAGCUUUCAGUGUAUCCUGGUAUUGCUGUUUUCUUUCAAAAUGCAUUCAUCUUUUUUGGUGGUCUGGUGUUUAAGUUUGGCCGCACUGAGGACCUCUGGCAAUGAAGAUCCAUUUCAUCCAAUCACAUCCCACAGUCCACACCCAACUCCUCUGUUCUCUGACAUAAUGCUGCUUAUUUGCACUCUCUCUCAAUCUCUUUCUCUAUCAGACUCUUUUUAUAGUUCUCAGUUGACACCCUUUCUUAAAUAUGCUAAAUGUUCCUUUGUUUUGUUUCCUGUCCUUCAAUUUUACUGUGUUGCUAUUUUUAAUGCAUCAUUUGCAUGGGAGUUUUUUAGUAAGCCACCAAAUUUGUAUCUUUAUCUUUAAGUUUAGACUUUCAUUCAUGUAUCAACGUGCAGAUUUGAGAAUACACUCCUAUCAAAUUUGCCAAAUUUAUCGAUCUUUGAUGAGCUGACAUCACCACACAGUGACACAAAGUUUUGUUGUACGUCACACUUUUUUAUUAUUUUCCAUGACUUUCCCAGGCCUGGAAAAUCACAAUUUUAAAGGUGAAGUGUUUCUGUACAAUUAGAAUAACCAAACAAAAUUGUAAUCUGCUUGUAUGAACGGCCCAACAGGGUCGGACACAACUACAUUGGCUCAUCCAAUGGCAUGAGUUUGACACGGGACUACCUGUUUUACCAGCCUAUGUCAGACAGGGGAAAUGUUUGAAAUGUCAUUAUUAUUUUUGCCGUUGUGUUUGAUGCUGCAGAAAUUACAUUUGUCACCUUUAAAAUUUCGUGAUAAUUUCCAGGUUGUCCAUGAUUGUGGGAAUUCUGGUAAUAUAUUUUGUGUUUCGGAGUUUUAAGUUCACUCUCUGUGUUAGUUUGGGCUUGUGGGAAUUGGGAUAUGUAUAAAAAAAAAAUGUCCAUGUUCAAAAAAGCACAAUUUCUUUUUAUUUCAUUGGUUAUGGGAGAAUAAAGCAACAUCAGUCAGAGAAGUAGACUUGUCUGUCAGCGCUAAUAAAUUAGAGGUUUUGUGAUUUCUACACGCUUAAAGAAUGUAACAUUUUAAUGUAAUCCAUGUCUCUCUUUUCGACAAAAUGUAGCUAAACUUUAUCCAGCUGUGGGCUUAAAACAAAUAAAAUUGUUGUAAAUAUGUA